AUGGCGGCUAGUAUACCCAACCAACUGUACAUCUCCACUGCGGAUGUGUAUAGUGAGGCCCUCAGGAAGAGAAAACGUUGCAAGAGACUGUGGCAAGGACUCGGCGUGAUAGUGUUGGUUACCGUGGUCGUUCUGCAGCCCUACUUCGCAGCAAGGAUCGCCAUUCUUUCCAAAGAGGUGGCCGAGCUACGAGAAGGAGACGGUAGGCAAGCGGCGGUCACAGGACCCACGGGCGGUACGGGCGUACCUGGACUAGCCGGCCCCUCUGGGCCACCAGGGCCGCCUGGCGAAAGGGGUCGCCCUGGAUAUGCCGGCCAGCGAGGGCCAACAGGCGAAAGCUUAAGGGGCCGUCAUGGAUCGGAUGGCCCUCCUCCUGGGCCGCCAAGCGAAAUGGGUCGCCCUGGACUGGCCGGACAGCUAGGGCCGCCAGGGGAAAGGAGCCUUCCCGGACCCGCAGGGCCUCCAGGGCCGUUAGGGCCGCCAGAAGAAAAUGGCCGUCCCGGAACCCCUGUUCCCACGGAACCAAGAGGAGAAAAGAGCCGUCCUGAGCCCACCGGGCCGCCUGUACAAAACGAAACGGGCAGCCAGUCCAUUGCCGUCACUGAGCCUCCAGGAAGUGAGCCCAGUUCGCCGACUGGCCCACCAGAAGAACAUGGGCCACCAAAGCCGGUUGAGCCCAAACGGCGAAGGGGAAGUCGGAAAAAGAAAAAGAAGGGCCGCAAGGGCCCGCCGAAGUGGGCUGGGCCAUGGUCAUGGCAAGGGUGGUAA